CGCCGUAGCGUGUAAUGUCAGCUGACACCCCGGAAGUAAUACAAAUAAUAAAUAUCGCUGCCACUCUCUCCUCAAUAUUUAAUAUUUCGGUUAAUUUAAAGACAUUAUUAAAGCCGCUAUUAUGGAGGGUGCACUGGAGCAGCAUCUUGAUGAUACAAUGAAAAAUCCUGCCAUUGUUGGGGUUUUGUGCACAGACGUUCAAGGCCAUAAUCUAGGAUGCCGUGGCUCGCUUUCUGAUGAACAUGGAGGAGUUGUGUCUGUGCUGGCCACGCAAGCUGCUUCUCUAACCAAAGACCCCACUGACUCUCCUACUGUGUGUCUGGAGUCUGACUCUGGGAACAUUUUGGUGAGAACACAUGGAACAAUUACACUGGCUGUACAUAAGAUGGCAUCAUAAAUUCUGUUUAUUUCUAAUUGUCAUAUAUUGAAUGUGUGCAGUGUUUUUAAACAUCAUUAUUUUGAGUUUGAAAAGCUUCAAUGGUCUAUUGUCAGCAACAUAGAAGUUUAUUGAUCGGCUGAGAUCAUGUCUUCCAUCAUAUCAGAAACCAUCAUAUAUUUGUGUCCAUGUGUGUUAUUUAAGGAAACUAAGUCUAUUUUACACCGUUGUGAGAGGUGUUUUGUUGAAGUACCAUAAUGUGUUCAAAAGGGGGCAGUAGUUGUAACGUUAUGCAUAAAGUAGAAUAAUGAAGAUAAUCACAAUGAUUUUACAUUCAGUAAGUACCUCACAGAGAACUGUUUAAUGGAUCAUUGUGAAUUAUAGUUUAUGUGCAUGAUUAACAAUGGCAAAUUAUUAAAGUUGAGAAAGGUAAGGUUUUUCUCAGCCUCCUUCUUAGGUAUGGUUAAUUAUAAAUGUCAUUUUUGUCAAAUAGGUACCCUUUAAAAUUAGGGUUUUUUUAAU